GGAAUAAUAAUUUAAAGAAAGAGAACUCUACAACAGGAGACUUCCAAUAACAAACUGACCACAUUUUAAAAAACAAAUUCAGAAAUUUAACAUAAGGUUCAAUAAAAUGGCAUCAAAUUUUUCCAAAUUCUUUGAGUAUAUGAAACUUAUAGGACAUCUCAAAGUAAGUUAAUCAGAUGAAAAGUUAAGGCUUAAAUCAGUUUGUUUUAGUUUUAUUAAAAGGGCAAUCUCCACCCCACCACCGGCUAGCACUGACUCCGGCGCUGUUAUGAGUAGCACACCGCUCACACUGAAUUCACAAUUGUUGUUCGUCAGUCUGAAGUCGAACAUGACCAUUUUAAUCAUCAGAUUUGUGCUAGUUCGACUGUGGGUGCGCAGAUGGCUAAUGAAGCCGAUUCUGGCACGAAAUUUUGUUGUUCAGUAGAGUGCAGGGGAAUGAUGGGGGCGGGGGCAUCUCCGGUAGCAGAGUCAGUGUCAGACCGGGCCUUCCUGGCAUGAUCAUCUGCAGUCACUGUUCUGCCAACUUCAUGUUGCAUGGAGCGCCUGUGUAAAGAGUAAAAUGGAACGCCAUGAUGUUCGAUCCUUUGCUUUUUUCUCCCACGUGUCUGGGUUUAUGUCGAAACACUUUCAGUUUCAGUGAGGCUUUUAGGUUGUCUUUACACUUUACAACUAAAAUGUUUCUUCUGCCAGCCUACAGACCACUUUCCUUGUUCGAGCUCACCAUAUAAAAUUCUUUUGGGCAGACAGCCGUCUGACAUUCUCACAACAUGUCCCGCCCAGCGAAGCUGGGACUUCAUCUGUGUAAGCACCUCAGUGUGUGGGACUCUGUCCUGCCAUUUAAUGUUGAGGAUUUUUCUAAGUCUUGUUGUAUGAAAGUGGUUCAGCAUUCUUGCAUGGCGUUGUAUACCGUCCACGUUUCACAGGCAUAGAGAAGCGUAGGGAGAACAGCUGCCUGCACUGAUAUACUUUCAGUUUAGUGGUCACCGAUAGAGUUACACACACUAGUGAUGCUGACACAGUCACAUUACUUACCACAGUUACAUUGAUUCACAAUCAGGCCAGUGUGCUGAGUGUCAUAGUUAUCCACAUUCACAACACAUAAAGACUAAAACUUAAGUGGCCGUCCAUUAUGUCAACAAAAUAGGGUAAAUAAAGGGAAGGUGGUUGUAAAAAUUUAGACAGUAAUUAAACUUGACGUCAACAAUAUUAUAAUAAUAAGUUGUCUUUGUUAUAAUUAUAUACAUAUAAAUAAUUAGUUGUCUUUGUUAUAAUUAUAUACAUAUAAAUAAUUAAUAGGCCUCCAUAUUUUGUUGCAAAAGAUUUGAAUCUGUCAAUUUCAAAUUCAAUAACAAUGAGUAUAAAUCAAUGAUAAUGAUGCACUAUAAAUUUGAUAAAAAUUGUUAACUUUUAAUUUCAAAUAUUCAGAACAGCACCAAAAUUUUGUGUUAUAGGACCUAACAAGUCUGCUCCUCAAAAAAAAAAGAUGUUGCUAAUUUGAAUGGCUUCCAAAGACAGAUUGAGGUGAUAGCAAUUAUUGCACAAAUAGAGAAUGCUAAUAUUUCAAGCGCUGAAUCGCUAGACACAAGGAUGAUGUCAGCCAGUUACCUGACCACUGAUAUUAUCGAUAUGACAAUGAUUAUCUGAUAAAUUCAUCGGUUGCUUGUGGUGCACUAUUACAAAGGAAAAUUCUUCUUAUCAAUGUGAAUGAAGAUGAAAAAAACUAGAGAAAUAAAUUCACUAACAAUAAUAUUUAAACCUUAUCAGUUCCUUUAAUAAAUUAUGCAAAAUAAAAUUGACUUUUGUCUCAGAGAAUUUUUUAAAAUGUGAUAAUUUUUUUUAUUAUAGAUCCAUAUUUAUUUACUUAUUUUUAUUUUCUCUAUAUUAACUUAAUUUUAUUUUCUUGGUGGGGUGGGGGACAAUUGUUGACGUAAUUAAUUUAAAGGUCCCUGGUGUUUAACAUUUAUUGAUAAGGGGGAGGGAGGGGGAAAAAUUGCCUUAAAAUGAUUGACAUAAUUAAUGGAACACCCUAAACACUACAGACAGUAAACACUACACUACCCUAAUGGCCUAGUAGUAAUACUAUUAAAUUUAAGGUUAUAAGUAUAAUAUUGAUAUAUCAAUCAUUCAUGUUUUGUAAGAUUAAGUAAUAAGAAUCAUAAGAUGGAGUUGCGUACAAAAUUUAUAUAUCCUGCCCUCUCAAUUAUUUUUCGCUUUAUAAUCAUCAGCUUAUUGCCUUUUUAUGAGAUCGUCUGUUAGCAAAUAAUACAACUACCAGUCAUACAUGGUCUUUUUAAACUCACUGACCAACUUCUUCCAGACUACUAGAUCCCUUUACUUCCCAAGCCGGCCAAGCACAUGAAUUAUUUAUAUUUUAGAAAAUGCUGAUGUAUGGUGUUCAAAGCAAUUUUUAUAAAUUAAAAAAAAUUAAACUAAAUCAUUCAGGCCUAAUAAUUUUAUUAAUUUUACUACUUAAAAUUUUUAGCUGCCUCUCGCCAUGGAAAAAGUCAACAAUUGGUGGAAAAUGCAACAGAACAAUAUUGAUGUUGUUACUUAUAAUAAUAAAUUAUUUAAAGAAUACAUUUGUACAUGAAGUUUAUAUUAUGCAUUGUUUACCUGUUUUUUAAAAACUAAGACAUUAGUAUUGUCUCAAUCAAAAUUUCCCUAACUUUUCAGGCUACCACUCAGUUGGUAAUAGAAUGACUUUGAAACCCAUGCCUUAAAUAGAAACAUAUCUCUCCAUUUCCCCCACUCACCCAAAUUUUUUAACCCACCAGCUACUAGAGCUAAUUCCUCGAGAUAACUAUUACAUGUUAACAUAGUCUUUAAAUUUUUGGUCAAAAUGAUUAAUUAUAGUCUGAUUGUAGACAUACUAUUUUUAAUGAGUAAUUUAUGCUAAAAUUACAUUUGAUGACAACAUUUACAAAAAUGUUUGUGCUUAUAUAAUAUAGCGUGGUUAAAAAAUAUUUACAGGAAAUGAAUUUUCCUAAAGUGGUCCUCUCCACUUCUCUUGUACUAGAGAGCCCUCACCUGAGAGUUACUGGCCAUUUGGCAAGCAUUGGUAUAACAUAUUUAUACAUUAAAAUUUCGUUUGAAUCAUUGCGUACCAAUUAAAAUAAUCACCCUUUUCAUUUUCCUAUUUUUAAAAUGUGAAUUUUAAAUUUUGAAUUAUUGAAAAAAAAAGGAUAAAUAUUAAUUCUCUAUUAUUAGUUUGAUACACAGAUUUUUUAUAACAAAAAUGUUCUCUUUUUUAUAAACAGCAAGUGGAGAGAACUGGGUGGGUGCGCAACAGCGUGAAAAAUCCAGAGAGCGUGGCAGAGCACAUGUACAGAAUGGCAAUGAUGGCGUUUGCGCUGCCCUCAAAUUCUGGUCUUGAUCGAGAUAAGUAAGAGCCACCAAUAAAGAAAAACUUUGUCAUUAAUACAAUUAACUGCAAUUUAGUCCAUUUAUUUUCACAGCUGCCUGCUUGAAAAGAAAAUUGUACAUGAAUAACUAGAAAAUUUUGUAUGUCAUUACCAAUGAAUGAGACAUGAGUACUUUGCCAUAUUGGAACUUUAAGAUUCGUUGACACAUUUCAGCCAGGCAUUGACAGAAAUGCAGUGAACAAAAAUGUUGAGAAUGUUGUAUACAACUGAGUAUUUAGAAUUUUACAGAUAUAAAUCUUAUUCCUGAUGUACGUCCCACUUGUCAAAUUGAUGUCCCAGAAUUAACACCAACCUUACCCACUGUACAGACCACACUUAAAAUGUACCAAGUAAUUACUUAACUAGGAUUUUUUUCUUGAUAGUUAUGUUAAAUAGUUAAUGUACAAUUUACCACGACAUCAUAAUAAUUUGGUGAUGUAUAUUCUUACAUCACAACAUCAUAGAAGUCCCUUCCACCUUCACCUCAUUAAAUAAAAUAAAAAACAUAUAAUCAUCAUCCAUGACUGCUGGCUGUUAGGUUGGCAUGACCUAAGUUGGCACUUCUUUCAAUGUUAGUUUUUUUUCAUUGUUGCUCAUUUUAAUUCCGUUAAUUUAAAAAUAAAAUAAUAAUAAAAAGAAGAACUUUCAGACAGAUGCUUAAUUGAUUUUGUAUUACUUUAUACCAAAUGAUUAUGUGAAAAAUAAUCAAACUAGUAACUGGUGCAUACACAGAAAACACAUUUCCUAAAACUUACAUUUCUGAUUCUGCAUAUGAUUGACAUUAUUUUGAAAAUUGAACAGAUGCAUUAAAAUUGCCCUUGUCCAUGACAUGGCAGAAAGUGUGGUUGGUGACCUUACUCCCUGGUGUGGAGUUAGUAAAGAUGAAAAAAGCAAGAGAGAAAAGGUUAUUAUUAUUUUUUUUAACAUUUAUCCUAUGUGGAUUGAUUCAAAAUAAUUGGGCCAAUGUUUUAAAAAAUAUAAAAAACUGAUCCGACCUUUGAUCAGAAAGUUUAACAGUAUAGUAUAGCCACACGAGGAACGGAAAAUCCAAUUUGAAAUGAGUGCUUGAUUUGAUCAUUAAACUCUAAAACAUAUGUCAAGGGUUUACGUGGAGAAAUCAACAGUUCAUCAUUCAGAAAAAUUGUCUUUUGAACUCCAAUUGCAAACUUACUCAGAGUUAAUGAAAUAAAUCAACAUUUUGUCAUGAAAACUUGAUAUUUUUUUUUUAGUUGUCACAUCAAUUGUUUAUAAGUUCAGGAACAAAAAAGGUUUGUUAAUUAGUGUUUGUUUAUAAUUUGCAAUUUUAACAAAAAUUGUCUUCUUUUACUUCUAGUCUUGGUAAAAUUAAAUAGCAAGCGACCAAAUGCUCAUACUUUCAUUAAGGCAGGAAUAAUUCACUGCAUAUAUUAUCAAUAAGUCGGAUAUCAUUCUCUGCAUAUAUGAAAACUAAGGCAUAAUUCACUGCUUAUAGCCUUAUUCUAUCAUUAAGGUGAGUAUAAUCAAGUGGUCAUAUUUAGGCAGCCAUAUUCAUGUAGGUCAAAAUCAAGCUGUACUAUUUUUUGUCAAAGUUACAAAAUUAACAGAAACAAGUUUUUAUAAGAAAGAUCCUAUACAGUUUAUACAGUAGUUACAAAUGUUGAUUUAUUUCUCCACAGGAUGCCACACAUCACAUGUCCAGCUUAGUGUCAGAGGAGGCAGGACAAGAAAUGUAUCAGUUAUGGCUGGUAGGUUAAGAUACAUUGAACACUGGUGCACACAAUCAGCCAGGAGCUUAAUGGACAGAAAACGGGGGGGGGUGGAGGGGGAAUAAAGUGAAGAAAGGGGAGGGGCAUGAAACGAGGAGGGGGUGGUUGUACCUGUAACAUAUUAGUGGUUGUACCGGUUGCCUAUUAAUGGUUGUACCUGUAACAUAUUAGUGGUUGUACCGGUUGCCUAUUAAUGGUUGUACCAGUAACAUAUUAGUGGUUGUACCUGUUGCCUAUUAAUGGUUGUACCUGUAACAUAUUAGUGGUUGUACCGGUUGCCUAUUAAUGGUUGUACCUGUAACAUAUUAGCGGUUGUACCGGUUGCCUAUUAAUGGUUGUACCUGCACCAUAUUAGUGGUUGUUCUGCAACCUAUUGGUGACUGUACCUGUAAACUAUUGGUGGUUGACCAGUGGUCAUUUAUUAAAAUGCAAGUCAGUAGCUGAAGGUCAUAAUUUCAACAAGUUAAGAGAAAAAACUUUUUAAAACCGUUGAUUCCCCCCCCCCCCCACCCCAAACCACCACAUUUGAUCUUCCCCAGCCAUUUACUACCCAUCCUCCCUUGACCUAAUAAAUGUAAGACAUUCAGUCAACACUAAGAGACAUAAGUUGUUCAUUCAAACAUUUUAUAUUUGAUGUACGACAGUGAGUAGUUUGAAACUGUAAUAGAGAGUUGUAUAAAACGUGCAGGAGUAUGAAGAUCAGACCAGUCCAGAAGCCAAAUUUGUGAAAGACCUGGACAAGUUUGAAAUGUUGUUCCAGGCCUAUGAAUACGAAAAUCAGCUUAGCAAGCCCAAGAGCCUCCAAGAAUUUUUUGAUCACACAUUAGGUAAUAUUUGAUUUUCAUUGGGAAUUGACGAAGAUCAAAUUUGCUGCCAUAAGCCAAACCUUAUCCUUGAAAUUUUUAAUUACUGUUAUUUGAGCAGUAGAGAAAAUAACUUAUUUGUUCUAUAGCUUUUCUAAAUGUUCAUCCUCCUUAGGCUAAAAAUAUUGCCUCAUUUACACUGAGCUAAGUUUCCCAACCUUUUCUUUACUCUCCACCCCUUAGAAUUGUUUGACUAAAUCCCAUCCACCCUGCCACAGUAACAAUGCAUUGACCAAUAUUGACAAAAACUGUGUUAAGAUUUAAGCAAAGAAUUUGAUUUACAAUUUUGAUAAAUAGAAAAAAAUGUAUAAUUUUAUUGAACAGGAAAAAUUUAAAAUCAAAACAAACUAAUUGGAUAUCAUUUAAAAUCUGGGGGACACCUAUAGAUUCUUUACACGCAACAGGUGUCAGCUCUACGUUGGUCAGAUCAGACAUCGAGUGUCAGUUAGCUCUCUGUUAUGAACAACAAGCUCUAGGUGGUUCAUCCUAUACUCUGGAUAAAUUUAAACGAUAUAAAGUAACUUUUUGAGUGCGACGUUUUUGUGUCACAUGUAAGGGCACUUGAAGGUAGGGGCAUAGGGGAACUCGCCCCGGGUGCUAACAUCAUGGGGGUGCCAGAAUACUCUAUAGGUAGGACAUAGGAAAUAAAUCAAUAAAAUUCCAUGUUCUUCACGCACACAAGGGACACCAAAAUAAUAUUUUCUGUUUUCUUUUUUCUAUAUAUUGGUGGGUGCCAUUUUCAGACUUCGUCCUUAGCUGUCAUUUGCCUCAGCACAACCCUGUUCAAAUGUUUUUUAAAAUUUUUUUUUUACCCGUUAGGUAAGUACACAUUUUCCACUGAACUGGUCAAUGAUUGGACUAAGGAGCUUGUGUGUCAGCGUGAUGAUUCAGAACCAACAUUGAAAGGGACUCCUGACGGCAAGUCUGAGAGAUCCAGUCUCCCAUCCCCCCCUCUGUUAAAGAAAAGGAUAUUGGAGCAAAAGUCAGAAGAGGCUCUGCAGUAGUUGGGACAGUCGUAUUUCUUCUCAGGUGGAUUUUCUUGUUCUUUCUUAACUGUUACGUGGAUUGUAUGGUGUUAAGUCUGAGAGAGCAGUUUCAGUCAACAAAAACUUGGUAUGUGUAUAUAUGUAUAAUAUAUAUAAAAAUAUAUAUAUUACAAAGGCCUUGUACAGAAUGUUCACUUGUGCUCACAUGUAAGUAAAUAAUACACACAAAGAAACGGGUGUGAAAAAGAUGCAAAUCAGUAAAAAACAUUUUUUAAACAAUUAUUUCCUUCUCUUCUCAGGGAAUAAAACAAACAAAUGGUUCUUCUGAUCCAUAAUAUUUAUAUUCUGAAGCAAAAUUUUAAAACUUAAUUUUUAUUUUGAUGGAACAUUAGAGCACACUUAAAAAUAAAAAAAAAUGUUUUUAUUAUGAAGUCAUGUGAUGCAAUUCUUUAAAGCAGAAAUGUUUGAUAGCAUUAACAUGAUAGUCUUAAUCCAUUAUUUUAUUAUAGAUUUGUCCAAUAAAAUACGGCCUUGUAAAUAAAAAUCUUUUAAAAAUAUCUUUUGAGUUAUUGUUUCCUUUUAAACAUAGAGAAAAGAUGGAACUGACCUUUAACCCUUUGUGUCUUAUGGAGAUAAGGAA